AUGUAUUUUGAUCAACCGCCUUCUGAUGACAUAGUAGUUGCCAGACAAAAAUAUUCUCAAAAUAAAACAUUUAAAGGUAAAUUCGAAGUGACAUGGAAGUUAUUAGCUCCAUAUAUUAUCGAAAGUCGUGAUAAACUUUACAAAACGAGUGGUAACUCAAUGCUCUGGAGAGAAAUUGGUAACAAAGAAUACACUACUGCAAAAAAUAAAGAUUAUUUACGCAAAUCAAUUGAAGCAUACACCAAGAGUAUUGCUUUUGCACCAGUUGGAUCCAAAGAAUUGUCAUUGGCUUAUACAAAUCGUUCAGCUGUAUUAUUCAAAGCAAGACUCUAUGAAGAUUGUCUUCUUGACAUUGAACGUUCAUUAGAAUCAGACUAUCCAGAUAAAUUAAAAACAAAAUUAUUUUUACGUCAAUCAUUGUGUUCCAAAGCAUUGAAACCAAGCUCACACAUUGAGACAGGUAUUUCAAAAGCUAAUGCAAUCCAGUGGCUUCCUUAUUUAAAAAAAUAUAAUCCAACAUACGACAUCAUCGAGGAGUAUCCAAAAAUGAUCAAUGAGCUUAAAGAACCACGUGAAAUUAUUAAAUGUGUACCAGAAAUAAAAACUGAUAAUGCAAUAAUUGUUGGUGCAUCUGAUGCAAUUGAAUUGAAAAAAACAAAUGAUAAUAAUCAACAUAUUGUUGCAACAAGAGAUCUUAAAACUGGUGAAUUUAUCUACAUUUCUGAGUCAUUUGCAGCAACUAUCAGUAAUGAACUACGUUUUACUAAUUGUUGGCAUUGUUGUCGUCGAACUUGGGCAUCUGUACCAUGUGAUAAUUGUCCAAACGUCAUUUAUUGCUCUGACAGAUGUAAAAAAAAAGCGUGGAAUAGUUAUCACAACAUUGAAUGUUUAGUAUUUGGACCACUUUUAAAAUCUGACCAAAUUACACCAGACCAUUUGUUAACAUGA